GGGACUGGUUCAAUUGCCAUACUUUUCCACAACUUUCCUUAUGCAAAUGAUUCGCCAGUAAUGCGAGGGUUUGCACUCGGCUUUUUCUUCCUCAAUCUCGUGCUCUUCAUGCUUUUCAGCGCCAUCACUGCGACUCGAUACAUUUUCUUUCCUGGCAUCUGGUCUCACAUGAUACGACAUCCUGUACAGAGCUUGUAUAUCGGCACAUUUCCGAUGGGUGCAACUACGUUAAUAAAUGUCGCCAGUAGCGAUAUAUUCCAGACAUAUAGUUUUGGAGGCAAGCCGUUUAUCUAUACGGUGUGGGCAUGUUGGUGGAUCAACGUUGCAAUUUCAAUGGCAUGCUGCUUUGGCAUGAUGCACGUUAUGAUUACUCUCCAACAGCAUUCGCUUAAGUCUAUGACGACUGCCUGGCUUCUUCCUGUCGUAACCCUUGUCGUCGGAUCUUCUUCUGGAGGCGUGCUCGUGCCAGCGCUUCAGGUCUAUUCCCCCUCGUAUGCGUUGUUGACGGCGACGUUCUCCGCGUGCAUGGUUACAAUAGGUCUCAGCCUUUCCCUUAUGCUACUCACGAUAUACAUCCUUCGGCUGGUUGUAUACGGUUACCCCACGGGUGCAUCAAUCCUGUCCGUUUUUCUUCCCGUCGGUCCUUGUGGUCAGGCAGCAUAUUCGCUCUUAAUGCUGGGGUCCUCUUUCCGUUCACUAUUACCUCUGAAUUAUGGUGAUGCCGGCGGAUUAUUGCGACAGCCUGGAACUGGUGAAGUAGUGGAGGUGAUAUGUGUGGUUGGUUCUAUGGUUCUAUGGUCACUGGCGAGUAUGUGGAUACUCUUUGCGAUGCUCGGUCUUGGCUACGCCCUUCGUCGGGAACGCAUUGAAUUCCGAUUGUCAUUCUGGGGAACAGUUUUUCCUAACGGAGUAUACGCAAAUCUCAACUUGGCCUUGGCAACAACAUUUUCGUCGACGUUCUUUCGUGUGUGGGGUUCAAUAUAUUCGGUGGGGACGCUGAUAUUGUGGGUGUGUAUUGCCUUGCCUACAAUACAAAUGGUCCCAAGCGGUCGUAUAUUUGACGCCCCGAAUUUUACCUGGGCCUGGCAUACAGUGAUUAUGGGCACUGGGGGCACGUCUGCCCUGCUCCACGCAUUUCCGUACGGGAACGGUAGUCCGGCGAUCAAGGUCGUGACUUUGAUCGUUUUUUCCCUUAAUCUCCUGCUCUUUAUCUUGUUUACUGGGGCGACCAUCGCGAGAUACAUAAUGUUCCCUGACACCUGGUCCAAGAUGAUCCGACAUCCAACUCAGGGCCCACUCAUGGGCGCAUUUCCAGCAGGAGCUACGACGUUGAUUAAUAUAGCAUUGGUAGCCAAUCAAGAAUGGAACUUUGGAGGUACUGGGUUUUUAUAUACCCUCUGGGGUUGCUGGAUGGUGGAGCAGAAACACACCCUAGAUACCAUGACUGCUUUAUGGCUACUGCCAGCUAUCAGUCUUAUCGUUGCAUCUUCGACCGGCGGUUUACUCUCCACUGCACUUAAAGCUCAGUCGGUGAAGUUCGCCAUCUUAACGGCGCUGUUCUCGUUGACUAUGGUUAUCAUUGGUCUCAGUCUCGCGUUGAUGAUGAUAACGGUGUACCUUGUACGCCUUGUCAUAAGCGGUCCGCCAGAGAAGCUGCUCAUUUUGUCUACUUUCGUCACAUUGGGUCCCUUUGGUCAAGGAGGAUACUCGCUGCUUAUUAAUGGCCAGAACCUCAUACCCUUUUCCAUCACGUAUCAAGGAUUGAUUUUCCCGAAUGCCGUAUUUGCCCUUCUUUCGGUGCAGCUUGGGAAUGUACUCAAUAGCGACGUUUUCCGUGGAUUUGGUGCAGCGUGGACAGUUAUUGUCUUUAUUCUGUGGCUGAGUAUCUUUGCAAGAACCAGCCUAGCAGUCAUCGACAGGUCCAUAUUUGUUGCGCCAGAUAUCGCAGUUCCACUCUUGCCACUUGAUAUGAACGACUGUAUAAAUCCUGCGGGAACCAGUCAUACUAUGCCAGCUAUGCAUCAAUUACAUCCCCGACUCUCACGUUAG